AUGUCUUCACCAAAACCUGACAACGCAGGCGGGAGUCCUCGCGACGGCGUAAUAAAGGAUAAUAUCUCAGCCGGCAGUUCUCCCGGUGAGGGCCCUAUUGUCGCACAGGAAGAAGCCGACGGAGAUGCCAGCGACUCAGCAUUUGGAGAUGAUGCAGAAAGCUCUACUGCCUCCAUCUCAUCGAGCAUCCUGGAGUAUCGCAAAUUCCAAGGACGAACCUUUCAUAGCGAGAGGUAUAAUACGGAGUACUUUACGCCGAAUGAUGAGCAGCAGAGAGAUUCAAUUGAUAUCACGCACCAUGUUCUGACACUGCUCCUUGAUGGAAAGUUGACACUUGUCCCUUUGGAAGAUGAUAUCCAGCGGGUUCUUGACGUCGGUACUGGAACUGUGGGGUGCUCAUCUGAUACUAACUGGUGUAGUGACUUCGCCGAUGAACACCCCAACAUUGAGGUCAUCGGAACCGACCUCUCUCCAAUUCAACCAAGCUGGGUCCCUCCAAAUGUCAAGUUCGAGCUUGAGGAUGCAACGAAAGACUGGAGCUGGCCUGAAAAUCACUUUGAUCUCGUUCACGUCCGUUUCCUCAUGGGCGCCAUAGCAGACUGGGGAACACUGUUCAAAGAGGCUUCUCGCUGCUGUAAGCCAGGUGGUUUUGUUGAGUCUGGGGAGAUUAACCCAACUUUUUAUUCGGAUGACGGUAGCAUCGAUAAAGUUGAGGCUCUCCAGACCUGGAACAGACUGGUUAUUGAGAGUGGCAAGGGCUUUGGCAGAAGUUUCACUAAUAUCGAGAAUGACGUUCAACUACUUCGCGAUGCUGGCUUGGUAGAUGUGCAGAGCUUUGACUUCAAGACCUUGACAUGGCUUCAAGCUAACACUGUUCAGGUUCCCAUUGGUGGAUGGCCCAAAGAUGAGAAGAUGCGAAAGGUUGGCCAAUUCCUCCGAGCUUCGAUAGAGAAUGACCUUGAAGGAUACACGAUGAUGGUUUGGCACCAGAUCAUGAACUGGCCUGAAGAUGAAUAUCAGGUAUUCCUGAUGAACAUGAGAAAGGCAUUCAAAGAUAAGAGAAUCCAUGGAUACAUGCCUGUUCGAUAUGUUUAUGGUCGAAAGCCAAAUGCUGAGAAAUAG